AUGAGCAUCCCCGAGCUAGACGCCCGAAGUCUGAUAUCAGCCAAAGACAAAGCUCAUGUCCGUCAGGUACACGAUCAUCUGAGGAACCACGGUGCUUUGAAGGUGAAGCUAGGCUUCCUAGAUCCCGAUAGCGACUACCUUCGCCAGAUAGUGCUCGGUCUUCAUGAACACCAUGGGCAUGGUCUACCAUCCACCCACAGCUCGACGCGGGGCUGGUUCUGGGACGUUCGUCCCCAGCCAGAAACGAUUCAACACAGAGCCAUCUCGGAAACGAUGGGCGAUUUCCCUUGGCACACAGACAGUUGCUACGAAACUGCGCCUGCAAAAUUCUUUGCUCUACAUGUUCUCCAGCACGAUCGUUGUGGGGGUGGAACACUAUCCCUUCUCAACGUUGAGCGGCUGCUACGCUCCAUCUCACCUUGGGCAAAGCAAGCCCUAUCCGAACCGGAGUUCCGCAUUGCGGUCCCGCCAGAGUUCAGCAAGGGCGACCAGCGCUCUUUCAUUGGAAGAUUGCUGAGCACGGAUGAACAGGGUCAGCAUGGGCGCCUGCGGUUUCGAGACGAUCUUCUCACCCCCUUGACUCCCCGUGCAAAUGCUGCAUAUUGUGAGUUGAUGCAUACAUUUGCCCAACAGAAGAAAACGCAAGUUCAAAAUUUGACAUCCGAGCUCCUCCCUCGAGGCUCAAUCAUCCUGAUGGAUAAUGGCCGGUGGUUACAUUCGAGGAAUCAUGUUCGUGACGCGGGACGCCAUUUGCGCAGAGUGAGGUGGGAUGCAAGGCCAUUUCAGAAGCCCCUCAGUCUUCUUGCUCAAGUUUAG